AUGUCGCAAGCUCCGCAGACGACGCCUGCGCCCAACAACGACCAAGCCAGCUCUGCCUCACCGGCGCAGAACACCUCUACGAUAUCCAUUCCAGCGACAGCAGCCGUAGGGGGCGUCACCAUCACACAACCACCCCAAACCGCCACUUCGUUUUUCAAAGUCGCUCAAGGGCAACUAAUCACCUUCGGAUGGAACUUUACGUCGCUCUACAUCACUCCUACGCAUCUCACCGUCAGCGCCGUCUGCGAUAACGGGAACACGUACCCUGUGGGCCCGACGGAUGGCGUGAUAGACGGGACGGCGACGCAGGUGGUGUGGGAUCCGUGGGCGUGGCAGCAGGCCGGCACAAAUACGCCGUUGGCCCAGGCCAGCUACACGCUGCACAUAUGGGACGACCGCGGACCCAAUCCCCCCAGAAUCGGGGGCUACAUGCAGCCCAACACGGCGCUCAAGUUCGCACUGUACACACCGCAGGCAUACACACCCAUCAGUAGCGGAUGGUCAUGCGCUGCGUGCUCGGGUGCACUUUCACAAUAUGUGGCCCAUCCGGCAUUCGUCGGUAUCCUGACGACGUUCUUGGUCAUUUUCCUGUCCGGUUUCAGCCUCCUUCGGGGCACUCCUCGCUGGCGAUGA